GCUAGUGUAGUGGGGAAGAUAUUUCAAGACGGACAAGUUUAUGUCCAUCAAGAAACACCGUCCUCAUUCUCAAACUACAAAAUCUUAAAACAGUUAUUUAAAUUGUCACAAUUAACUUACGGUUAUACAAUGAUUUAAUAUAAAAUAAAUAAAUAUUUAUAUAAAUGCACUUUAGUGGGUUUCCGGUGAAGAAGUAACUUACUGGACUUAGAGGUCGUAGCAGACAUGCUCGUGUGAUAUUGAGGAUGUGGAGGGCAGGUUGUGUCCUGACUGUGAGGCUGACGAGGAGAGGAGGAACCAGACUCUGUUCCAGCAACCCGACCAAACCCUCCUCCUCCUCCUCCUCCUCCUCUUCAUCUCAGUCCCUUAAACGCCCAAAAGCUGAGAAACAGAGGCGCAGAAGAGAGAGGGACGAUGCCAUUCUGUCAGGCCAACAUAGAUCUGCUGAAGAAAACACAGUGAGAUGGAGUGAGAAGCAGAAGAUAGUGUACACCGGGUCAACCCCACCUGGCACAAAGAAAGACUCCAGCCUGCCAUUCCCGUCUGCCUACAGUCCAGACUAUGUGGAGUCCAGCUGGUAUCAGUGGUGGGAGAGAGAAGGAUUCUUCAGGCCGGAGCGACAUGAGAGUUUACCUCAGGCUGUGGAUCAGACCUUCUCUCUGUGUAUCCCUCCUCCAAACGUGACGGGGACUCUGCACCUCGGUCACGCUCUCACUGUGGCUGUGGAGGACGCUCUGGUCCGAUGGAGGAGGAUGCAGGGCUACAGAGUCCUCUGGGUCCCCGGGUGUGACCACGCAGGCAUCGCUACACAGAGUGUGGUGGAGAGGAAGCUCCUGAGGGAAAGGGAGAGCAGAAAGGACUUCUCGAGAGAGGAGUUCCUGCAGGAGAUUUGGAAAUGGAAGAACGAGAAAGGAGAUGAGAUCUACCAGCAGCUGAGGAGGAUGGGAGCCUCUCUGGACUGGAGCAGAGCCUGUUUCACUCUGGAUCCAAGUUUCAGCCGAGCGGUGACCGAGGCCUUCGUCCGUCUCUCCGACUCCGGUCUCAUUUAUCGCUCUGAAGCGUUGGUCAACUGGAGCUGUGCACUGGAGUCGGCCAUCUCUGACAUCGAGGUGGACUCUCAGGAGCUGUGUGGACAGACCAUGCUGUCUGUUCCUGGUUACGACAACAAGGUGGAGUUUGGGACGAUGGUGACAUUUGCGUAUCCUCUGGACGGACACGACGGGGAGGUGUGUGUGUCCACCACCCGACCCGAGACCAUGCUGGGAGACGUGGCUGUUGCCGUUCACCCCGACGACCCUCGAUAUCAGGCUCAUCAUGGGAAACAGCUCAGACACCCGUUCACUGACAGGCUGCUGCCCGUCAUCACUGACCGCACAGUGGACAUGCAGCUGGGAACAGGUGCGGUGAAGGUGACUCCGGCUCACGACCACGCUGACUUCCUGCUGUCUCAGAGACACUCGUUGCCUCGCCUCACUGUGAUCUCAGGAGAUGGGACCAUGUCUUCCCCCUGUGGACACUGGCUGCAGGGAGUGAAGCGUUUUGAUGCCAGACAGCAGGUGGUCGACGCUUUGAUGGAGAGGAAGCUGUUCAGAGGGAAGAAGAGCCACGCCAUGACUUUACCUGUCUGCAGCCGCUCAGGAGACGUCAUCGAACCUCUGCUGAAGAAGCAGUGGUUCGUCCGCUGUGAACAAAUGGCUCAGAAAGCCGUUCAGGCGGUGGAGGAGGGCGAGCUGGAGAUCAUCCCUCACUCAUACGACAAGACGUGGAAGAGCUGGCUGUCCAACAUCAGUGAUUGGUGCGUUUCCCGCCAGCUCUGGUGGGGUCAUCAGAUCCCGGCGUACAGAGUGCAGCUUCCUGAUUCUACCGACACUCAGCAGGAGGAGUUGUGGGUUUGUGGACGCAGUGAGGACGAGGCUCGGCAGAGAGCGGCUGUUAAAUACGGAGUCAAACAGGAAGACGUCGCUUUGACUCAGGACCCGGACGUCCUGGACACCUGGUUCUCCUCGGGGCUGUUCCCCUUAGCCAUGCUCGGCUGGCCUGACAAGACCCCUGACCUCCAGCGCUUCUACCCCAACUCCAUCCUGGAGACAGGAAGUGACCUCGUCUUCUUCUGGGUGGCGAGGAUGGUGAUGCUGGGCGCCGAGCUGACGGGACAGCUUCCCUUCAGACAGGUCCUCCUUCACUCCAUGGUGAGAGACAAGCACGGCAGGAAGAUGAGUAAAUCUCUGGGAAACGUCAUCGACCCGUUAGAUGUCAUUCAUGGAGUCUCUCUGGAGAGACUUGAAGAAAAGAUAAACGAGGGGAACCUGGACCCCAGGGAGCGGUUGGUUGCCAUGGAGGCACAGAGGAGGGACUUCCCCGGGGGGAUCCCUCAGUGUGGGACCGACGCUCUGAGGUUCGCUCUGUGCUCUUACAGGAUGCAAGGUGAAGCCAUCAGCCUGUCGGUGUCUCAGGUGCUGAGCUGCAGACAUUUCUGUAACAAGAUGUGGCAGACUCUGAGGUUCACACUGGGAGUGCUGGAGAACAACACAACACCAGUGGGAACACUGGAGGAGACGUCUCCUGUGAGCAGCGUGGACCGGUGGAUCUGCUCACGGCUCUACAGCACCGUGCUGCAGGUGGAGCAGGCGUUUGAAGCGUACGAGCUGCACACGGUCACGUCUGCGCUGCACUCCUUCUGGCUCCACAGCCUGUGUGACGUCUACAUGGAGUGUGUGAAGCCUCUGCUGGCUCAGCAGGGUGGGGGGAGUCAGGGGGAGGACAGGGUGAGGGCGAAGCAGGCGGCGGUCAGCGUCCUGUAUCACUGUGUGUCCUCCUCUCUGGCCUUGCUGUCCCCCUUCAUGCCCUUCAUCACCGAGGAGCUGUGGCAGAGACUGCAGCCGUUCAGGGGCGGAGCUUCAGCUCAGAGCAGCCUGAGUCUGCAGACGUACCCCCGAUCAGAGCAGCUGGCUCACUGGGUUUUCCCUGAAGAGGAAAGGGAUUUCAUGAUGGUGCAGGAAGUGAUCAGAGAGGCGCGUUCACUGCGAGCACAGUGUGGACUGACCAAAGAGAAACCAGACAUGUGGGCUGUGUGUUCACCCAGCCAGGCUCAGGUCCUCCUCCACUUUGAGUCAGCUGUUCAGACUUUGAGCCGGAUCUCCAGCCUCCAUAUUUACUGUCCUGGUUACACAGAUGACCCCUCCCUCUCCGCCAGCGCCGCCCCCCCACCUGCAGGCAGCCUGGUCGGCGUGGUGGACCACACCUGUCAGCUACACCUGCAUGUCCAGAGUGGAGUGAACAUUGACAAACAGACGCUGCAGCUCUCUCAGCGCAGAGACAAACUCAUCCUGAAGCUGGAGGAGAUCCUGAACAGAGUCCGGUCUCCAGACUACCAGACCAAAGUCCCCGCUCACGUCAGACUGCUGAUGCAGACGAAGGUGUCGGCCCUGCAGCAGGAGUUGAAGACGUUAGAGGAGCAGCUCAGAGUCCUGCAGGAGACGCAGAGAACAAAAAACCGCAGCUGAUUGAUGUUCCAGUCUCUGUGAGAACUGCUGGACAUCACAUGAGUUAUUCAUACUGUUAUCCGAGCUGCGGGUCUCCACACUGCUUCGAGGAAGGAGACAUUGUACAAUAUGAUCAUAAAUAAUAACGUUAGAAGAAAGCUGUCAAACUGUCAUACUGCAGUAGACACCUGUAGGGGAGGCUGCGGAGGUCUGCAGGUAUCCAUGGACGCGGACUACAGACGUCAUGAUGGGAGUUUGUUCUCUUUAACAGAAAGCAUCUGUGGAGGCUGCUGAGAGUGCCAUCCGUUGUGUUUACAGUCCUUCAUAUCCAUGUUGUUCAUGUCUUUAAAUCUGUUGUUGGGAAAACAGAAUCAGGGCUCAUCAUAUCGGACUGAUAAACUGUAAAUAUAGUCCUGGUUAUGUGGAGAAAAAUCCUCUGUGUGUUUCUGUUGUUUCCUGAACAUGACUGUGUGAACACGGAGCGUCAACAUGGAACCAAAUCAUCAUUAUUCAUUAUUUUCUAAGGUGAUUAAAGACAACGGUGGGUCAUAUUCA